GGAGGCUUUUUGCUCUGUUUGAACACUGAUUACAGGAGCUUCGCACUCAUGCAUCUGGAGCACUUUGAUGAACUGGGAAGUGAAAACGUGAAAGUCCCUAUUUUUGAGGAAGACACACCCUCUGUGAUGGAAAUAGAAAUGGAAGAGCUUGAUAAGUGGAUGAACAGCAUGAAUCGAAAUGCCGACUAUGAAUGUUUACCUACUUUAGAGGAAGAAAAGGAACCAAACCAGAACAACCCAAGAUCUGUGUACCUAUCCAUCUAUCUGUCUAUCAUCUAUCAAGUUGCUCCACUGACCCUUUGGAAACACCUGGUGAGCAUUGAACAGGUGAGCACUGAAGUUGGAGUCUGGAGAGCACGAUCUGUCGCAGCCUCCCACGCCUCUGAGCAAAGGUGACACUGGACCCUGAUAUCAUCAUUCAGACACAGGUCACUUUAAGUAGAGACAUGCUAGGAUUUGGUUGAAGGGACUCAAAAGUCAAAAAAAGAAGGGAGUGAGGAGGUCGAAUGGUCUGCUUUCCAGGAGACUUGGGUAGAAGCGUGGUCUCACAGGGAAAGAGCCGCAGAGCCAGACGUGUGGCCAAGGUGGCCCCGUUAGAAACACGAGCAGAAAUGAGCCUGCCGGUUCGGCCAUGUGCAGAUACCACGUCCAUAGCUUAUGUCUCCUCACGCCCCGAGAUGCCUGGUGAUUGAAUUCUAAACGGCGCCGAGAAGGCCCCUCCAGAUCCUCUGUGGAUGUGCACAAAACGGGCUUUUGAAACCAUGCCAGGACCACAAGCUCUGGGAGAAAAUAACACAUGGAAAUUUUUUUUUUCUAAAGGAAGAAAAAGGCAGUUUGGCAUCUAUUCAUAGAAAUGGGAUUAGAUUUAAUUAAAGGGGGAACCCCAGCUCCAUCUGGUUCUCUCUGUGUCAGCCCUGGGGAGGGAUAUUACUGCAAGAGCUAGGGAUUAUGUCUUGGCUUUUCUAGAUUUCCUCCUCAGGGUUCAAAUGUAAAAUCCAAACCGACCUUUGUUUGGGAAAUUGUAAUCUGGACACCGUUGGCUCCCUGACUGUUUAUACUCUCCUGAUCACCUCCAUAGCUGAGUGACCAGCUCUCGGGAACUUCUUGGAAAUACACUGUUG